ACGCGCAACGGGGACAGGCGCAGGAGGGGGGGAUUGUGAUUGACGGGCUGCGCUCAUGUGACCACUAGGAGCCGCGUUGGCCAUGUCACUGUAGUCAGUCUGAGGAGCUGUGAGUGUCUGGCUGGAGAAGUUGACGGGGAGAGUAAUAGCGGUAUGUUUUUUUUCAGUCAGGAUUUUUCCCCCUUUCCUCACUCUUGAUGCGAAGUAGAGCUGCCGGGACUCGAGUUGGCUGGAGGAACAGCGAGUGCGUAACCGUUCGCCACAUAUUUCAUCACCAUGGCUUGGAGCGGAGGGGGCGCACGGACGUCUAUAUCGACAAAACCAUGAUUUAAACUGUGGAUUUUUUUUUUUUUACGCCCGUGGACUGUUAAGGAAAUGCCAAGGUGAGGAGCCCGCUGGUGCCAUGUGAAUGACUGUAGACCAUGAAGCCCACACACAAGCUUCUGUUCGUCCUGUGCUCCAUGCUGGUCCUGGGCUUCAUGUACUACUCGUCCGGGAAGCUGCACCUGUUCGUGUGGGGGCAGAAAUCUCAGACGAACGCAGAGUUUACAACUACUUCCACUACUACUUCUACUUAUACCACUACUAGAACUGCUACUACUAAAAGACCAGAUGUCAAACCAAUAGCAGCAAGAGACAAACACAUUACAGAGAUGGAGAAUGACAUCAACGCGGGACGAAUAGUAGACUCAGUGUAUGAUAAACAGGGCUUUCUACUGCAGCUUGACAUCAAACUGCCGCCGGAGCUCAUGUACAAGUACGGGAACCUGAGCGAAGGAGCGUGCAAGCCGGGAUACGCAGCAGCAAAAAUGUCCACCAUUUACCCCAAAUUUGUGAAACCAGCGCCCAUGUUUCUCGAUCGGAACUUCAAACGGCUCGGGAAAGUCAACAAUUAUCUUCCUCCAUUUGGAUUUAAAACUCAAGAGAGAGUCAUAGAUGGCAUUUUAAUGGAAACAAAAUACUACGGGCUUGGAGACAAGCUGGACAGCUUAACCUGUAAAAGAUGCAUCAUUGUGGGAAAUGGAGGGAUCCUCGCCAACAAGUCCCUGGGCUCCAAAAUAGAUGGUUAUGACGUGGUGGUCAGGCUUAAUGAAGCUCCAGUGAGCGGUUACAGCAAGGACGUAGGGACCAAAACCACCAUGAGGAUCACCUACCCCGAGGGAGCCAUCCAAAAGCCUGAAAACUACGAGAAGGGAUCCUUGUUUGUGUUCUCUGCCUUCAAACCGCUGGACUUCAAGUGGCUGCGGCACAUGGUCUUCAAGGAGAAACUGAGGGGAGUGGAAGGCUUCUGGAAGUCUGUGGCUCAUGCUGUUCCCCGGGAGGCCAGUGAGAUGAGGAUUCUCAACCCGUACUUCAUCCAAGAGGCAGCCUUCCAGUUCAUCGGGCUACCCUUCAACAACGGCGUCAUGGGCAAAGGGAACAUUCCGACGCUGGGGACGGUUGCUAUAACGAUGGCGCUCCAUAACUGUGAUGAAGUGGCGGUGGCGGGCUUCGGCUACGACAUGAGCAUGCCCCACGCACCUCUGCACUACUACGAGACCGUCAAGAUGUCCGCCAUCAAGGAGUCUUGGACACACAACAUAUCCAAGGAGAAAGAGUUCCUGCGCAAACUGGUGAAGGCCAACGUCAUCACAGACCUGACCCGGGGCAUCUGACGCAGCCUCCAUGUGCGCACGCUCUCUCUUGCAAGGACCUUACCCCCCAAAAAACGGACACACCUAACAGUAUGCUGGGAAAUCCAAGAUGGCGGAGGGGUUGGAUGGGACUCCCUUCUCACUCACUGCCGGGAGAAUUUAUAUCGCUGAAGAUUAUGACAAAUGUACUGGUGCCUUUACAACCAAAGACUGUGCUGAGGAGACUAGGAGAAUAUAGCGGGAUCUUGAUGGUUUUUCCCUGCGUUUGAAGCCACGAUGCAAGGAAAAACAUGGAUUUUUCUGGAAUUUUGUGCCAGAACGGACAGCUUGGCAGGGCAAGACUGGAGUUUUCGCAGUGCCAAAACGUACCUCGGAACAAAGGAGGGGUUCGGUCCUCUCUUUUGGCUGCCUGAAUGUAUUCCUCAAGUGUAAAUAUCAAAGGUUUUUACUGUGCUUUGAGACGAGCUGCAGCAAAAGCACCCACAUAUUCACAAUCCCAUUCACUAAUACGCCGUAGUGGACUAUGUACUGCCUAUUCAGGGUUUAACUGACAAACUUCAAAUCAAAAUUUAAACUGACAAAAAUGAUCAGCCAAAAUGCAUUCUUUGCUCUUUCUAUUUGAUUGUAUUACUAAAGCAACAUCUGAUUUGAUUUUUCUAGAAUUUGAAAUGGGACAAUAUUCACAUAUCAUAAUAUUAUUGCUACACAUAUUGAGUUAUUAAAGGGCUACUUGUAUCAAUAGUAUAGGUACACGAAACUUUCCUUGUCACAGUCAAAAAACAGUCAAAUUUCCAAAAAUGAAGAAAGGGAAAAAAAUACAUGUUUUUCAAUUUGGAAUAUUCUGAGUUACUGUUUACAUUGAAAUCGAUAAUUGUGUUUCAGUUAUUUAGUAGAAAGUAUUAUUUUCAAAACGACUAUAGGCCCUUUAAAGAUUGUAAAUGAAUAAAUACAUUGUAAAUUACAGAAUGGAGACAACUGGAGGCAAAAGUGACGUGAAAUAUACGUAAUGCUAUUGGAAAAGUUAGCAUUGUCAACAGAAUAUCACGAAAUAUGGACAAUCAAAGGAAGGUCGGCAAGUAAAAAUCACUCGGAUACAGACAAUGUAAUGUGUUGUAAUAGGACAGACACUUUGUUUUUAAGUUGUUGGUUGUUUUUUUUUAGUUUUUUAAAGUUUUUUUUAAGUUUCACUGGACAAUUGCCUACACUUUACCUAAAGAUACAUUACAUACAUAACUACAAAUUAUAUAUGUGAAUCUCAAAUACAAUUUUGAGGUUAGAAAAUCACACGUUUUAUCUUUUUUUGUAAUAAAAAAAGCAAACUGACAUUGCCACUUUCCAAUUUCAUAACUAUAGCUUAUAUUUUGUUCUAAAAACUUAAAAUGUAAUAAUGUUUAGAGCGUCUUUUGCCUGCACUCCUGAAUUUUUGAAUAUUCUUAUGACAUAGCAUUUUAAAGGAUCUGUGUACCAUUUUGACUAUAUGCUGUUACAAUACACUUAUACACACCUACAAACAUGCUGACAAAAAUAUUAUCACUAUAACUAUGCAUUAUCGACCAUGAGAUUUGGAGAAGUCGACAGGAGCAAUGAAGCAAGGCCUAAACAAAGUAGCGCUGUAAAUGUAGCCAACUGUGUAUUCCAAGUACUUAACAUGCAAAAAAAAAAAAUAUAUAUAUAUAUAUAUACUGCCACAUAAUGUAACAUUUAGCACAAUAAGUCUAUGUAAAUAUGUUUUAUACAACCUUAAAAGUGCUGUACCUGAUUUUUACCAUCUUAAAAACUCAAAAAACAGAACCUAGUUUAUCUUAAAUGGUUUACACUGCUUAUUCCUCAGUUACUUUACGCAUUAUAAGCAUCCCGGUUAUUCACAAUGACAAGUUCAUAGGCACUUUUCACAACUCUCACGGUAACGCUAGCAACUUUCCUGAUCAUCGAACAGUUAAACGCUUUAGAAUCAAAUGCAGAAAGUAUACAGCAGGUUUAUAACGGAGGUUUGUCUGUGUUGCUUAAAUCCAUGGGGAAAAAUCAGGUACAGCCCAUUUAAUAUAAGCUAGCAUUGCUCCUGGGUGCUUCUCCAAACUAGUUUCCAAACCCAUUUCAAAUCACACUUUAGAAACAGGUUGAAUUACAUGUUGCUUCUAUAUCAUUCUGCAUUGUAAAAAAAAAAAAAAAAAGUGUGCAUUUCGGCUGAACACGUUUGAUUUGAGCCAGAUUAAAUGGAAUGAAAUGUUCCGUUUAAUUAAAUUUGCUAUCACACUAACAGUAUUUAAAAACGCUAAAGUAUGUAUUGUAUUUAUAUAAUUUGGGUAACUUUAUUUUUGUUAUUUUCCAAUCGUCAACCUGUCUUCCCUAUAUCUGACGGUACAGUCUUUCGUAUCUCCCUAUUUUUGCUGCAGGCGCUUUCUUUAACUAUCAACAAAAAACUUGGAUUGUAGAAAAUAUAAAUGAGAAUAUUUUUGUUGUUAGUUUUGAUUUUAAUUAUUUAUUUUGCUACAAAGUCCAUCGGUUUUCGGUCUCAGGCAGACCCUCUCAACAUGCCGCUGUGUUGUAUUGUUGUGCUUCCUAUUGAACGCAUGGGCCUCUAAGUUAGUUCUGAUGUUGAUGAAAUGAGUUCGGGAUUGGCUUUAAAAGUGCACUACGGAACUUUUUAGAUGGGGGGUACAGUCCACCACAUGCUUGUCAAUGGAGAUGUUAUUGUUUUGCCUGGAAUGUUCCACAGUAUAGGGUUAAACGUAUCUAUAUUGUAUUUAUUCAGUUACAGUUUACGUUUAAAAAUACAAAAUCGUUCAUUCUUCGCCUCUUCGCAGAGCUAGCCUGUAACUCGGCCUCAUGCGCAAAGGCAAAGCAGCAUCUCCACGGAGACGAGCAAAUGGCAGACCCUACACCAGAAAAUUUCCGGGGCGCGCCUUUAAAUGUUAAUCUUUGUCAUAAAGUCAGUUUUUCUUGUGAGACAUUUUGAGUUGUUUAAAGAAUGAUUUUGUUUGUUAUGUUUAAAGGCGCUGUAUCAGAAUCUGAACCAUAAGUGAAGAACAAGCUUUCAUUUGAGCUGUUACCCAACUGUUACUUACGGGCAGUUGAUUCCACAUUGUUCUCACCCAAUUAGAGCUGCAACUACUAUUCUGGAAAAAAAACAUCACUAGUCUAUUAUUAAAAUAUAAAAGUAUUGCGAUAGUUGUAAUCAUAAACUGGGCUAACACAUGGCAAAAGACCCAACAAACAAAGCAACAUUAUCAAAAAUGAAGGGCCCAGUUGAUUCUUUAUGGUUCUCACUCAGUUAAAGGCAUGGUUUUAAAGGACCGGGUACGGGGCCUUUAAGAAAACCUCAGAUUUCUGCCGUGUUUUGAGGUGGACUUGUGCACUUUAUCAUUUUGCCAUGUUCUGUUCUGUUCUUUCAAAUAGUUUUUAUUUUCAGUUUUACACAUUCACUAUCUGUCGCUUUUUCUUUUUUUUAACUCAGUAUCACUUUUGAAAGCAAGUGUUAGUUUUGGAAAUUUGUCGAUGUCGUGUCACCGAGCAAGACGCUUCACCUACCGGAAGGGCAUCUGGUGUUAAACCGUUCAAAUUAUCAGUGUAUAACAUGAGAAAUGCAAUGAACAAAAACGGAAACUUAAAGAAAUUAAAGCUGCACUAUGUAACCUUUCUGGUAGAGGCUAUGCUAUCUGCUAAUCACCAUGGAGAUGUUUUUGUUUUGCCUGGAAUGCUCCGCAGUACGGCAUUGCAUAACAUCUCCAUGGAGAAGAGCAAGUUACACGGCGCACCUGUAACUUUACCUUACAUUUUUUAAGUCGUAUGUAUCUACAGAACACACAGAACCUAUAGGUGGCGCUAUUGCUAAUGUAAGAGCCCUUGUUUUAUUAUUAUUUAUUUUUAUUUUAUGUUUUAUUACAGGUCAUUUUAACAAUCACAACUACAUAUCCUAUGAUCCUGACAUAGAUGGCACAUAGAGUACUCCUUUAGUACUCCUGAUCCAGCCCCUCCUUCCCCCUCAGCUCCACAUACAGUUGAGUGAGGCUUGACACUGGACGAUAAACCUUUAGUCCCCCAGAUCCCAACCCUUUCCACUCUCCCGUUUGGCCCUCCAGAACCUGUUCCUUCUCCACUCUCCCCUUUAAUCCUCCAAACUCCGCCCAUCCUUUAUCUUCACUCUACCCUUUAGUCUUCCAAACUCCGCCCAUCCUUCCCCUCCACUCUCCCCUUUAGACCUCCUCCCCCUCGACCCUUCCCUUUAGUCCUUCACCCCCCCUCCCACACACACACACACACACACACACACACUCUCCCCUUUAGUCUUCAGGCUCUAGCAGGACACUAAUUCUUCUUUCUUUCAUAGUCUUGGACACACAACAUAUCCAAGGAGCGCUGUACCUGAUUACUUUAGUCAAUCCAUCACAGAACGUCAUUAUAAUGAAAAAUUAGCUCAUUGACUCCAGGUGUCUUUUUUUUUUU